AAAAUAUGAGGACGCAGAUCUUGUCACAUGGAGGUGGUCUGAAUAAUAUAUGAAUUGGGGAUUUUCGUCCUGUUUUGCGCUAAUAAUGUCGUUGUUAUUGCUAUAAAUAACAGUUUAAUUCCCCACCAGACAGACAGACAACAAACAAACAUUGAAAGGCGAGGCAUUGAUCUGUAGUCAGGGAAGAAGAGGAGCUCUGGAGCCGACCAUUUUGCGUCCGUGGAACAGUUGGCUUACAACCACGGGCCACAUCGGGCUCUGAUACCAAGGGUUUUGCAACCUUUUUCAAGUCAUGGAAAAAGUGUUCCUUGUGCCAACUUGCUUCCACAACCGGAUCUUUGCAUUCAAGAAAGUUGUGGUUGAUCGGCCCUGUCUCAGCCUUGGAGAUUUCCUUCUUGUUUCAUUCGUUAACUGCACUUAAAUUGGCAGGUUCUGCUAAAUAAAUAAUACAUGAAGCCUGAUGCACCCAUUUACUGAAAUAAGUCUUGACACUUAGUCUUCUUAAAAGAUGCAUUAUUUGUUGGGCAAUCAACUUUAAUAUCUGGGAAACCAAUUGUGUGGGACGAAAUACCCAAACACUUAGUUUGGUGUUGGGUGAUAUCUUCUGUCUCCACCAAUUUUUCCUGGUCAGAUAUAUAUUAUAUAUCUCUAGCAGAAAGAUUUCCAAGAGAUUUUGCGUCGUUUGGUUGUUUUUGUAUUUGUAAAAGGAUCUGCAGGUUUUUUCUAGGAAAUUUAUUAGCUUGUGUCAAGAUGUUCUCUACUUUCAGACCUUCCCUACAUAUUCUAUAUCUUCUGGGAGCCUUGAGGCCUGUAUGUUUGGUUGAAGCUGUCGAGCCUUUUCAUCAGAAGGUCACUAGUUUGACGAGAAUGUAUUUUAAAGCAGCAAAUUGAUGGUGCAGUCAGUUGGAUCUUCCAUACAGUAGUACAACUUAGCUAAACUUUUGUCUAUUAAGCAUUGUGGAGUUUGAGGAAUAGAUUGUGCCAUUUGUUUCUUGAAUAAGCGUUUCAGGUUGUUGAGAAGCUGAACAACAUGGAGAGGUACAAGCUAAUUAAAAUAGUUGGUGAUGGCACAUUUGGUAGUGUCUGGCGUGCUAUCAGUAAACACACUGGAAAAGUUGUUGCCAUUAAAAAAAUGAAGAAAAAAUUUUACUCCUGGGAAGAAUGUGUAAAUCUGAGGGAAGUUAAGGUAAGAAUCUAUCAGAUUGACCAAAAAUUUGUUUGUGUGAUCAUUGAUUAUUAUGUUAAAUAUUUCUUGUCCUUUUGGCAGUCACUGAGAAAAAUGAACCAUCCAAAUAUUGUGAAGCUGAAGGAAGUCAUUAGGGAGAGUGAUAUACUGUAUUUUGUUUUUGAGUACAUGGACUGCAAUCUUUAUGAACUUUUGAGGGAUAGAACUAAGGCUUUCUCAGAAGCUGAAGUUAGAAACUGGUGUUUUCAAGUGUUUCAAGGACUUGCAUAUAUGCAUCAACAUGGAUAUUUCCAUCGUGAUCUUAAGCCAGAGAAUUUGCUUGUAUCUAAAGAUAUAAUUAAAAUUGCUGACUUUGGUCUUGUUCGUGAGACCAAUUCUGCACCACCAUAUACUGAAUAUGUUUCAACACGGUGGUAUCGGGCUCCAGAGGUUCUGCUUCAGUCUCCAUUAUAUGAUUCUGCAGUAGAUAUGUGGGCUAUGGGUGCGAUCAUGGCUGAGUUGUUGAUGUUGCGUCCUAUUUUUCCAGGCUCAAGUGAAGCUGAUGAAAUUUAUAAAAUAUGUAGCAUUCUGGGAACUCCUAUGGAAAGUGAAUGGGUUAAUGGACUUAAACUUGCAGAAUCUAUAAACUAUCAGUUCCCGCAGUUCACUGGUGUCAAUCUAUCUUCUCUUAUGCCAUCUGCAAGUGAGGAGGCAAUCAGUCUGAUAUCAUUGCUUUGUUCCUGGGAUCCAUGUAAGAGGCCUACUGCACUUGAAGCCCUCCAGCAUAAGUUUUUUAAGGGUUGUAUUCCGCCAUCUAUUCGAUCAAAAAGGGUUGUUGUGCGAACACCGCCAUCUGUUGGAACAAAGGGGUUAAUCGAGCAAAAAGCAGUUAGAAGAUAUUCUUGCUCUGUGGAUAAUUCUAAGGCUGCAAGUAAUUUUGUUUCUGCGAAAAUGUAUGCUUCUCCAUGCUCAGGUGUGCAGCGCAAGUUGGAAAUGAAUAACAACACGAUUGCAAUCAAGAGUGACAGAUCCUCAAACCAAGCAGCAGCAGCUAAACCGCAGCCACGAUAUCAACCGCCUGCUAGGAAGAGUCCAACUUUAAAUAAUAGUAAUACCAAUAAUAGCAAGGCGGUUGGUGCUGUUCAUGGAGUUCCGAAAUUAGGUCAUAAGUUUGCAAACUUAACUAUGGAUUCACUUAAGUCUCCAGCAAGACAGGCAGCAGCAGGACCAAUGAAAGCUGGAGUCCAAACCAGCGAUGCGUUUCUUAAACGUCGUCCUUCUCAAAUGAUCCAAACGGGGAGGGCUGCUGCUGCAUCAAGGAAAGUUGCUGGAUGAAUGUUUAAUUGAAUUGAAUUGAAUUCACCACUAUGUUUUUCGGUUUGCACACCAACUCUUUCCUAAAUUGAAUUCAAAUGAAUAAUAUAGUAGUCUAAUUGUGCUAAUAAUUAUAUUAAAGUCAUUAUCAUAUUAUUAUUUUGUGCUGAUGGUUAUGUUAUUGAUGUUUUGUUACUUUUUUAACCCAUUUUGGAUUAGGGAUGCCAACCAUUGUAUAUUGUGUACCUUCUAUAUAAUCUUUACUUGUUACAUUGUGUUUAA